GCCACCUGUCAGUGUCCGUCAGUGCCAGCAGUCAGUGCUCAUCAGUGCCACGUGCCAGUGCCCAUCAGUGCCACAUCAAUGCCACAUAUCAUUGCAUACCAGUGCACAUCAAUGCCACAUAUCAGUGUCCAUCUGAGCUGCCUUUCAAUGUCACCCAUCAGUGCCAGUCAGUGCCACCUAUCAAUGCCAAUCAGUGCCACCUAUCAGUGCCAUGCCCAUCAGAGCCACCUAUCAGUGUCCAUCAGUGUAGCCUAUCAGUGCCCAUCACUGCAGCCUUAUUAGCGCACAUCAGUGAAGGAGAAAAUUCACUUAUUUACAAAAUUGUAUAA